UUAAACUGUCUGCUUACUGAUUUUUUUUUUUUUAAAACCCUACAGGAAGCAUAGCUGAUCACGUUCUCAUCAUGUCUGCUGAAGCUGAAACUACUGCCGUCAACAGCCAGCCUGAGCAACAGGACCCACAGAAAACACAACCUUCAAAGAAGGAAAAAAAGAAAGGGCUAGAAAAGACAGAAGAAUGCCUCUUGGCCAGAUUCCAAGGUGACGGUGUAAGAUACAAAGCUAAACUGAUUGGUAUUGAUGAUGUGCCAGAGGCAAGAGGAGACAAAAUGAGUCAGGAUUCAAUGAUGAAGCUGAAGGGAAUGGCAGUAGCAGCUCGUUCCCAGGGCCAGCACAAACAGAAGAUCUGGGUGAAUAUCUCCCUUGCUGGUAUCAAGAUAAUAGAUGACAAAACUGGGGUUAUAGAGCAUGAGCAUCCAGUAAACAAAAUCUCCUUUAUUGCUCGGGAUGUAACAGACUAUCGUGCCUUUGGCUAUGUAUGUGGAGGAGAAGGCCAGCACCAAUUUUUUGCCAUAAAAACAGCACAACAGGCUGAGCCUCUGGUUGCAGAUCUCAAGGACCUCUUCCAAUUAGUAUAUAAUAUGAAAAAGAAGGAAGAUGACAAGAAGAUAAUGGAAGCAUUUAAGACUGAGAAUGGUGAUAAGGACCUAGCUGCUGAUCAGGCUGAUAAAGUGAAAUCGGAAAUUGACCAGAUGGACCUGUUUGGGGAUAUGUCAACACCUCCUGAUAUUAGCAAUACCACAGAAGCUAAAGAGAUUCUGUUAGUGGAUCUAAACUCUGAAAUUGAGACCAAACAGACUUUUACAAAAGAAGAUCUCUUCUUGAAUGACAUCACAACUUCUCUUCCACAACCAAAGCCACAGACACACUUCUUGCCUGAGAGUGCUUUCUGUACCAGUCUCAGCUUCUUUCCCACACCUAAUUCAGACCCUUUCAGUGAUGAUCCUUUCACACAGCCAGACCAGUCUGCACCACCUUCAUUUGUUUCUCUAAACUCUGCUGAUCAGAGGGAAAGUCUGAGUACCUUGGCACCAGUGGGUCAUGGUGAUACUGACUACUUUGAUAAACGGUUUGACCAGAUUUCCAAUAGAACUCACAAACUGUAUGCAGUAACAAGCAAAUCUCAACCUGAGAGUAAGCUGCCUGCAGCAAGAGCUCCAAAUAGGGUACCAGAGGGAAAACAGAGUGGCUUUCUUAAAACCCUAUCAAACCUACUUGUGGAAAGUCCUCCCACAGGAAUAUCUCUGGAGAAUGAAGUAAAGCUGGAUUCUGAAAGCAAUAUCCAGCCCAUGUCAAAUGAGUCUGUAACAAUUAGCCCACCACCCCAAAGUACCAAGCCAGGAAGAGGAAGGAGGUCUGUCAAGACUGAAUUGACUGACUUAUUUAGCUCAGACUUCUUUGCACCAGCUACAGAGGGCUUUUGUGUGACCCCAGUGGCAGAAACAGGACAUGUGCCAACUCUUCCACUGGACCUCUUCCAAAGAAAUUCUUCAGCAUCUCAGUUGGUCUGUGGCUUGCCAGUAACUCCAUCACCAUGGAGCACACAGUCACCUGCCUUCACUCCUACUUCAUCAGUCUUUCCUGGAUCUGCGAUGUCUCCUCAGCCUACCGGGUUUACUCAGCCACUUGGCUUUAACUCUCCACCACUGCCAAAGUGGCAACAGCCUGCAUCUUUUGGCUCAGUAGGCCUUCAGUCCUCUGGUGUCUGGGGAUCACUAACACAAGUUGUAUCUACUUCGUGGGCACAGCCAUCCAGUGCUGUAAAUUCCUUCCAGAGUAGUGUCUUUUCACCUUCACUGCCACCUGCUCAGGCACCAGCUGUAUCAGCCUCCUGGUUAACAACUAGCACACAUCAGCCACCAUAUAUUACUGCACCUCAGAAGGAGCUGACCAAGAAAGAGAGUGAUGCUUUUAUUGCUCUGGACCCCCUUGGUGAUAAAGAGAUAAAGGAUAUCAAGGAAAUGUUCAAAGACUUCCAGCUGACAAAGCCACCUGCAGUACCAGCAAGGAGAGGAGAGCAGCAAAGCCUUCCAGAACCACCGAAGCCUGUUCCCCAGCAAGGUGUGCUGCCAGCUGAUGACCCAGUCUUUUUCAGUGCCUCACUU